AUGAUGAUGGAGGCCGUGGCUUCAACUCUGGGCGUGCAAAGCCCCGGCGCGAAUGGAGUGUCGCCUGCCGCCUUUAUUGCAGUCGACCCGAACCUGGUGGUAGACUAUCUGGCCUCGGUCGUCACCAUUGCUCUCGGAGCUACUCGCGCAGAGCUUGAGAGCCCCAGCAGUCUGCUUUCCGACGCAAACUACGCCGAUACCGUCCAACGAUGCAGCCGGUUUGCUACGGACACCCAGGUAGCCCUGUACAUACAGAAAGAUAUCGUGCCAUCAGACCAUGUUGCAGAUGGCCCGACAGAUAAUGUACCCGAUUCCUACACAUACACAAUCACCUCCGAGAUCUCUGCCACGCCGACCACGAUAGCAUAUCUUGCCCUGCUCAAACGUCCUCAAGCGAUCGACCCCUCGAUCCCCUUGACCUCCCAAGUCCAGAUCCAAACGCUCCCCGGUACUGCUUCCCUCGCCAACCUUGUGGCCGAACAAGGGCCCUCCGCUUCACCGUUCGAGAUCCUCCAUUCCAUCGUUCAUAAUGCGCUGGCACCCUACUUCGAUGCCAACACCAAGACCUCGCAGGUUGUGAACGGCACUAGGAGCCGGGCAGACGUGGAUGCGAAGACAGGUAUACCGGUCACCAAGAAGCGCAUGACAGAGCUCGAGUUGAGCUUGCUUCAUCUCCAACAGAAUGUCGAGAUCCCAGAGCUGUCCCUGUCUUUCCACCCGGUCGUUCAGUCGGCGCUGGAAGAUGCGGCGGCUCGCAGCACGAGACCAUCUACCGACUUGAUACCCACCCACCUCCUUGGGGAUAGUACAUUCAUGAACAACUUGCAGUCGACCGUCAAUAGCUGGAUCAAGUCGAUACAGGCCAUCACAAAGCUUACCCGCGAUCCUGUGACUAGGACAGCAACCCAGGAGAUAAACUUCUGGUUGUCGAUGGAGUCGGCCCUCGAGGGCAUCGAAGGUCAAUUGCGAAGCGAAGGCGUCACCUUGACGUUGGAGAUUUUGAAGCAUGCGAAACGCUUCCAGGCUACCGUCAGUUUCACAGCUGAUACAGGGUUGAAGGAAGCUAUGGAGAUGGUGCAGAAGUACAACCAGCUGAUGCGGGACUUCCCCCUUGACGAGCUCUUGUCCGCAACCUCGUUGCCCAAGAUCCAGGACGCCGUCUCGCUGAUCUUUAGCCACAUGCACAAGAAGAUGCGGUUUAGCAACUACCCCAUAGCCCGGACUUUGCAUCUCGUCGAAGCUAUCUCAGCAGAUUUGGAGGAGGUCAUGCACCGCCUACUUCCGGGCUCGGAGUUGGUGGACCUUGACUACAGAGACUUCAAGAACCUGAUGGCUACCGCAAAUGAAAUCUUCAAGUCCUGGGACGCUCAGAUCAAAGAAUUUACGAACAUAGCCAGAGAGACGACCCGCCGCCGGCAGGAAAAAUUCAUUCCCAUCAAAAUCACGCCGAAGCACAACGAGCUCCAGUCACGACUCCAGUACAUUGACAACUUUCGAGACAACCAUGAACAGCUACAGAGGACCAUUGUUAAUGUUCUUGGUCCCAAGACGACUGUUGAUGGGCUGAGCGAGGAGCCGACCACCAACGGCGUCGCCCUCGUUGAAGAAAUGGGCGACGUUGAUGCUGUUGAGGAGGUACAGCAAGCCUGGGAAGCUCUGAAGCAUGUCGAUCUCCUUGAUGUGUCUCCCGAAGGCACACAGAGGUGGGUCAAGGCGGAGAAUACUUACAACGAGCGUACCUCAAGAGUCGAGAAUUCGAUUAUUGCAAGACUACGCGACCGACUUGCGACAGCAAAAAAUGCGAAUGAAAUGUUCCGUGUCUUCUCCCAAUUCAAUGCACUCUUCGUCCGACCCAAGAUCCGAGGUGCUAUUGCUGAGUACCAGAACCAGCUUAUCGACAACGUCAAGCAGGCAAUUGCGGGACUGCAUGAGCGAUUCAAGCAACAAUAUGGUCACUCCGAAGCUCAUGCCAUGGCUCAGCUCCAUGACCUACCCCCAGUCUCCGGCGCUAUCAUAUGGGCCCGUCAGAUCGAGCGACAACUCGACGGUUACAUGAAGAAAGUCGAAGACAUCCUGGGUUCCGACUGGGCACUCCACAGCGAAGGUCAAAAGCUCCAGACGGAGAGCGAGCUAUUCAGGAAAAAGCUGAACACCCAGACGAUAUACAAGGCUUGGAUUGAGGAUGUACAACGAAAGCAAUUGUCUAUUUCUGGCCGGCUGUUCAACAUCAACAAAAUCAGAGCUGCCAACAACGCCUUGGAGCUGUCAGUAAAUUUCGACGCUCAAAUCAUCGCCCUCUUCAAGGAAACGCGGAACCUUGGCUGGCAAAAUUUCAACGUUCCUCAUGCCGUAAAUAACGUCGCGAAGGAGGCCAAGCGGGUGUACCCCUAUGCCGUCAGUUUGAUGGAAAGUGUGAGGACAUUCGCGCAGACUACGCGGCAGAUAUCAGAGAUGUCUGAAGUCUCCAUACUGUUGAGUGGUUAUCAGAAUGAUGUGCACCUUUUAGUUGCCAAAGGUAUACCCCUGAGAUGGGAAACCUUUGUGAACACUUGGGAGUCGUAUCAGAAGCCAAUGCUCCCCAACGGUGGCAUUGAGCAUGCUAUCAGCCGUGGAGGUGAGAGUAAGCAUGUCCUCUUUGUUCGGGAGUUCGCGGCGGCUGCUUCACUUCUCCAGGCGAAGACUGUGACCCUGGCAAAUAUCCAUAUCAAUGUUCAGAAGGCUUUGACCGAGCUUGCCACCUGCCCAUACGAAGCAUCCGAGUUUGCCACACGACUGCAAACGAUCCAAGCUGCCGUCGACCAACUAAAUCUGGAGCAAUACGUGAACUUGGGCUUCUGGGUAGAUAGGAUGAACGAGCGGAUCAAGCUGAUUCUGCUCAUCCGGCUACAACGCGCUGUCUCGGCAUGGAUCGAGGCCUUCCAAGACGACACCCCCAUCAAACAGCUAGAGGCCAGUCGGCGGAAGCAGCUUGCCCCGUCGGGUGAACCUCUCAAGUCUGACGCGCCGACCAUGAAAGAGCUGAUUCACGAAGUAACCAUGCGAAAUCAAGUCAUCUACCUGAACCCCCCUCUCGAGUAUGCUAGAGCCAGCUGGUUCUUACAACUGCACGACUGGAUAGGCAUCGUCUGCAACCUUCCGAAGAUCAAAGCCUCCAGAUACCAGAUGAGCUUGACAUUGAGUACCGUCCUUCACGACGAAGCUCGGUUCAAUGAAUUGCCCAGCGAUUGCACCGACAUACUCGGCAGAGUCUACACUUCAGUCGAGAAGAAAUUGCAGGGCAUCAGUGAAUAUGUUGAUAAGUGGUUGCAGUUCCAGUCCCUUUGGGAUCUGCAAUCCGAACAAGUAUACGAGCUGCUCGGCGAUGAGCUUCCCAGAUGGUUGCAGUUACUGCAGGAGAUCCGCAAAUCCCGUGCAACGUUUGACACCUCUGAAGUCAGUCGCUCCUUUGGCCACAUCAAUAUUGACUAUGGCCAAGUACAGGACAAGGUGAAUGCAAAGUAUGACCAAUGGCAACAUGAGAUCCUCAUGAAAUUCGCCGGGCGACUUGGCACCCGCAUGAGAGAAGUGCAUGCCGAGAUUGAGAAGGCUCGCCGGGACUUGGAAGCCCAGAGCCUAGAGGCUACCUCGACGGCCCAGGCAGUCCAGUUUAUCACCAUCGUCCAAAGUUGCAAGCGCAGGGUCAAGGCUUGGGCUCCCGAAGUAGAGACGUUCCGUCAGGGUCAGUCAACACUUGUCAGGAGCAGGUACAACCUCCCAAACGAUUGGGUGGAUGUGCAACAGGUCGACUCACAAUGGGACGCUCUCAACGAAAUCCUGAACAGGAAAGCCAAGAUCGUACAGGAUCAGACAGACGCGCUGAAGGCCAAGAUUGUUGCAGAGGAUCAGGUGGUGAUGGAGAAGAUCGCCGAGAUUGCCACAAAGUGGAACGAGGAAAAGCCCGUGUCUGGCACUAUUGCACCGGAAGCCGCCUCUGCUACCCUAAUGUCGUUCGAAUCUCGCAUCACGAAGCUCCAAGAAGAAUUCGAAAUGGUGUCCAAAGCCAAAGAAGCACUUGAUCUCCCCCCGAGCGCCGAAUCGUCUUUGUCACUGAUUCUAGAGGAGGUCCACGACUUCAAAUCGGUGUGGGCUGGCCUGUCCACAAUCUGGAGGAGUCUGAACGAGCUUCGUGAGACGCUCUGGAGCAGUGUUCAGCCCAGGAAAAUACGGAGUUCCAUUGACAGUCUCAUCAAGAUGACAAAGGAGAUGCCGAGCAGAAUGCGACAGUAUGCUGCUUUUGAACACAUUCAGAACAUUCUCCGCCAGCAAUUAAAAGUGAACAGCAUCUUGAGCGAUUUGAAGUCCGAAGCUAUCCGAGACCGACAUUGGACCAAGAUAUGGAAGGACCUCAGGCCCGGCCGCCGAUACUCACCGGUCUCCAUGACACUGGGCGAUGUAUGGGACCUGAACCUCGUCGCUACUGAAGUCAUUGUCAGGGAUAUCAUUACGCAAGCCCAGGGCGAAAUGGCCCUCGAAGAGUUCCUGAAGCAGGUGAAGGAGAUCUGGAACAAUUACCAGCUCGAUCUCAUCGCCUAUCAGAACAAGUGUCGUCUUAUUCGUGGCUGGGACGAUCUGUUUGCCAAAUGCAGUGAGAACCUGAACUCCUUACAGGCAAUGAAACAUUCCCCGUACUACAAGGAGUUUGAAGAAGAAGCCUCGUCUUGGGAAGACAAGUUGAAUCGAGUCCACGUCCUUUUCGAUGUGUGGAUUGAUGUCCAACGCCAAUGGGUGUACCUGGAAGGCGUCUUCACUGGCAACGCUGAUAUCAAGCACCUUCUGCCCAUCGAGUCCUCGAGGUUCCAGAACAUCAACAGCGAGUUCAUGGCUGUGAUGAAGAAGGUCUACAAGCAGCCAAUGGUACUGGAUGUAUUGAGCAUCACUGGCGUCCAGAAAUCACUCGAGCGCCUUGCCGAGCUACUAAACAAGAUCCAAAAGGCGCUUGGUGAAUAUCUCGAAAAGGAGAGAGUGUCAUUCCCACGAUUCUACUUCGUUGGUGACGAAGACCUUCUCGAGAUGAUUGGCAACAGCAACGACACUCUGCGUAUCGCCAAGCACUUCAAGAAAAUGUUUGCCGGUCUCAAUGGUCUGGUCAUGGACGACGAAUCAGUCAUAUCGGGUUUCACCUCCAAGGAGGAUGAGGUUGUCCGCCUCAAGAAAGAAAUCUCCCUCGCCAAAGUCCCCAAGAUCAAUGAUUGGCUAGCCCUGCUUGAGAACGGUAUGAAAACCACUCUUGCGGAACUACUGGCUGAAGCUGUCGAAGCAUACACGCCCAUCUUUGAGUCAGAACAGAUUGACACGACAGCUAUGAAUGACUUCAUAGCCAAUUUCCCAAGCCAGAUCGUGGUCCUUGCGACUCAGGUGGUGUGGACCACAGCGGUUGAGCAGGCUCUGAAUGAUGGUGGCCAGACACUGCAGUCUCUCUUUGAUCGUGAAGUUCAGGUUCUCCGUCUCUUGGCAGAAACUGUGCUUGGGGAUUUGGAGGUCAUCCUGAGGAAGAAGUGUGAGGCUCUGAUCACCGAAUGCGUCCACCAACGUGAUGUAAUCGAGAAGCUCAUCGACCUUAACGCCACCACACCGACGCAUUACAUGUGGCUGCUGCAGAUGAGAUACGUCUAUGCGCCGGAGGGAGACUACCUGCAGCGUCUGGAUGUUCGAAUGGCUAACGCCAAGCUCAACUACGGUUUCGAGUACUUGGGUGUCCCCGACCGGCUGAGACUUGGCGGCUCUCCAUACGGUCCUGCUGGUACUGGAAAGACGGAAUCAGUCAAGGCUCUCGGUGUCCAACUUGGUCGAUUCACGCUUGUUUUCUGUUGUGACGACACGUUCGACUUCCAGGCCAUGGGUCGGAUCUUCCUGGGAAUUUGUCAGGUUGGUGCUUGGGGUUGUUUCGACGAGUUCAACCGUUUAGAGGAAAGAAUCCUCUCUGCCGUCUCACAGCAAAUCCAGAACAUCCAGCUAGGUCUCAAGCAAGGUGCCAAGGACGACAAAGCCCAGAUCGAGUUGAUUGGACGCCAAGUUCACGUCAACGCCAAUACGGGUAUCUUUAUCACUAUGAACCCUGGCUAUGCAGGCCGUUCCAACUUGCCAGACAACUUGAAGAAAUUGUUCCGCAGCGUGGCCAUGUCAAAGCCGGACAAAGAGCUCAUCGCAGAAGUCAUGCUCUACUCUCAGGGUUUCAAUCAGGCCAAGCAGCUUUCCAAACAGACCGUGCCUUUCUUCGACCAAUGUGCUGCGAGACUUUCCAAGCAAGCUCAUUACGAUUUUGGUCUUCGUGCUUUGAAAAGCGUUCUCGUCAGCUCAGGUGGUCUAAAGCGUGCCCGUCUCACAAGCACCAACGGCGGGCUUGGGGCCGAAGAGGUCGUGGAGCCAGAGAUUAUUGUCCAAAGUGUCCGAGAAACGAUCGCUCCGAAAUUGAUCAGACCUGAUGUCGAAGUCAUGAUAGACAUUGAAGCAGAUUGUUUCCCUGGCGUCGAGUACGUGCCUGCUAAUCUGGUGCAGCUGGAGGAUGCAAUCCGUCGUCUUGCAGCAGAGAGACACCUCGUGGUCAAUGACACGUGGAUGACGAAGAUCCUCCAGCUUUAUCAAAUCCAAAAGAUUCACCACGGUGUCAUGAUGGUGGGCAACUCCGGGUCCGGAAAAUCUGCUGCCUGGAGACUUCUGUUGGACGCACUUCAGCAGGUCGAGUCAGUCGAAGGCGUUUCCCAUGUUAUUGACUCGAAGGUCAUGUCAAAGGAAGCCUUGUACGGAAACCUCGACUCAACCACUCGAGAGUGGACCGAUGGUCUGUUCACCAGCAUAUUGCGCAAGAUCGUCGACAACCUUCGUGGGGAAGAUUCGAAACGACAUUGGAUUGUAUUUGAUGGUGAUGUUGACCCUGAAUGGGUUGAAAACUUGAACAGUGUCUUGGACGACAACAAGUUACUCACCCUCCCCAACGGCGAGCGUCUCAACCUGCCAUCCAACGUCCGUAUCAUGUUCGAGGUCGAGACUUUGAAGUACGCCACACUUGCCACCGUCAGUCGAUGUGGUAUGGUAUGGUUCAGUGAAGAUACAGUUACCCCAAGCAUGAUGGUGACCAACUACCUCGAAACCCUGAGAGCUGUAGCUUUCGAGGACUUGGAUGAAGAUACUGCUGCUGCGGGCCAGAGUCCUACCAAAACCCUCCAAAUCCAGAGCCAAGUUGCUGAUUUGUUGAACGCGUACUUGACCACCGACAACUUCAUCAUCGAUGCUCUCAAAGAAGCCGAGUCUUUCAACCACAUCAUGGAGUUUACCGAUGCCCGCGUUCUGGGCACUUUGUUCUCAUUGCUGAACAAGGCUGUUCGGGAUAUGAUCGAGUACAACGCGUCACACAUUGACUUCCCGCUCGAUCCCGAACAGAUCGAAGCAUAUGUGGCCAAGAAGCUGCUGCUUGCCCUGGUUUGGGCCUUGACCGGUGAUUGUCCACUCAAUGACCGCAAGACGUUCGGUGAUAAUGUUGGAGCCCUUGCAAGUUUCGGAUCGCCACCACUAGAUGGUACGAGCUCACUCAUCGACUUCGAUGUCACCCUCCCCAGAGCUGAAUGGACUCCAUGGCAAAACCAGGUCCCCACCAUCGAGGUUAACACACACUCGAUCACCCAGACCGACGUCGUCAUUCCGACGCUGGACACUGUGCGCCAUGAAGACGUGCUCUACUCUUGGCUCGCCGAGCACAAGCCCUUGCUGCUCUGCGGCCCUCCAGGUUCCGGUAAAACGAUGACUCUGUUCAGUGCACUCCGAAAACUGCCAAACAUGGAAGUUGUGGGUCUAAACUUUUCGAGCGCAACGACGCCUGACCUUCUCAUCAAGACUUUCGAGCAGUACUGCGAGUACAAGAAAACUCUCAACGGUGUCAUGCUAUCACCAACACAGAUCGGACGCUGGCUGGUUAUCUUCUGUGAUGAGAUCAACUUGCCUGCGCCAGACAAAUAUGGUACACAGCGCGCUAUUUCGUUUCUCCGACAGCUGGUUGAACACAAUGGCUUCUGGCGCACUUCUGACAAAGUUUGGGUUACCCUCGACCGAAUCCAAUUUGUUGGAGCAUGUAACCCUCCGACCGAUGCUGGCCGUACGCCCAUGGGUGCCAGAUUCCUCCGACAUGCUCCCCUCAUCAUGGUUGAUUACCCAGGCGAGUUGUCACUGCUUCAGAUCUAUGGCACGUUCAACUCCGCAGUGCUCAAGAUCGUCCCAGCCUUGCGUGGGUACUCCGAAGCACUCACACAAGCCAUGGUUCGCUUCUAUCUUGAGUCCCAGCAACGCUUUACUCCGAAGAUCCAGCCCCACUAUGUCUACAGUCCUCGUGAAUUGACACGAUGGGUGCGUGGUGUGUACGAAGCAAUUCGCCCAUUGGAGACCCUUACAGUUGAAGGGCUGAUCCGUAUUUGGGCACACGAAGCCCUGCGGCUUUUCCAAGAUCGACUUGUCGCUGAAGAUGAGCGGCAGUGGACUGAUGAAGCUGUUCACAAAAUUGCACUGGAGUUCUUCCCCACCAUCGACGAGACGAAGGCGCUGGGUGGCCCCAUUCUGUUCUCUAACUGGCUUUCCAAGAACUACGUUCCGGUGGACCGAGAACAGCUUCGAGACUUUGUCAAGGCUCGCCUGAAGACAUUCUGCGAAGAGGAAGUUGACGUGCCUCUCAUUCUAUUCAACGACGUCCUUGAGCACGUACUCCGCAUCGACAGAGUCUUCAGGCAACCGCAGGGUCAUCUCAUCUUGAUUGGAGUCAGUGGAGGUGGAAAAACCACACUCUCGAGAUUUGUUGCCUGGAUGAACGGACUGAAAGUCUUCCAGAUCAAGGUCCAUGGAAAAUACUCUGCCGAAGACUUCGAUGACGACCUCCGAGAUGUACUACGUCGGUGUGGCUGCAAGGGAGAGAAAAUAUGCUUCAUCAUGGACGAGUCCAACGUGCUGGACUCGGGUUUCCUCGAAAGGAUGAACACCUUACUUGCCAAUGCCGAGGUUCCUGGUCUGUUCGAGGGAGACGACUUUGCUGCGCUAAUGACGGCAUGCAAGGAAGGCGCCCAGCGACAAGGGCUACUACUCGAUUCGCAAGAAGAGCUCUACAAGUGGUUCACGCAACAGAUCGUCAAGAAUCUUCACGUUGUCUUCACCAUGAACCCUCCCGAAGGCGGACUGUCGUCUAAGGCUGCCACCAGUCCUGCCCUCUUCAACCGAUGCGUGCUCAACUGGUUCGGUGACUGGUCUGACCAAGCACUCUUCCAAGUGGCCAACGAACUGACCCACUCGGUCGAUCUCGACAAACCCAACUUCGUGGCCCCUGACAGUAUUCCGGUCGCCUAUCGUGGUCUUACCUUACCUCCUUCUCACAGAGAGACUAUUGUCAAUUCCAUGGUCUACAUCCACUACUCGCUGCAACGCUUCAACACCAAGCUGCAGAAGCAACAAGGCAAAGUGACUUUCCUUACACCGCGUCACUUCCUCGACUUUGUUGCGCAAUAUGUCAAGUUGUAUAACGAGAAGCGCGAAGAUCUUGAGGAGCAGCAGCGCCAUCUUAAUGUUGGUCUGGACAAGCUAAGAGACACAGUCGAGAAGGUUAAAGAUCUAAGGGUCAGCCUUGCCGAGAAGAAGACGCAACUGGAGGCCAAAGAUGCCGAGGCCAACGAGAAACUACAGCGCAUGAUUGCAGAUCAACGCGAAGCUGAACAACGCAAAAGCACGUCUCUUGAGAUCCAGGCAGCUCUCGAAAAGCAAGAAGCAGAAGUCGCAUCUCGGAAGAAGGUUGUCCUGAACGAUCUUGCAAAGGCAGAACCCGCUGUCGAAGAGGCAAAGGCUAGUGUUAGUAACAUUAAGCGCCAACAUUUGACCGAAGUGCGAUCCAUGGGUAAUCCACCCCAGGGUGUCCGCCUCGCCAUGGAAUCUGUUUGCACCUUGCUUGGCCACAAGAUCAACGACUGGAAGAUGGUGCAAGCAGUCGUGCGCCGGGACGACUUCAUCGCAAGCAUUGUCAACUUUGACAAUGAGAAGCAGAUGACCAAGGCUAUGAGAACGAAGAUGCGGAAGGACUUCUUGAACAACCCGGAGUACACCUACGAAAAAGUCAACCGUGCCAGUAAGGCCUGCGGUCCUUUGGUCCAGUGGGCUGAAGCACAAGUCAACUAUUCCGAGAUCCUUGAUCGUGUUGGACCCUUGAGGGACGAGGUCGACCAACUUGAGGAGCAAGCUCUCCAGACGAAGGCCGAAGCAAAGGCUGUCGAGAACACCAUUACCAGCCUUGAGGAUAGCAUUGCAACUUACAAGACAGAAUAUGCAGCCCUCAUUAGCGAGACUCAGGCUAUCAAGGCCGAGAUGUCUCGUGUGAAGUUCAAGGUUGACCGCAGCGUCCGGCUUUUAGACAGCCUCUCAUCCGAGCGAACGCGAUGGGAAGACGGCAGCAAGUCUUUCGAAACCCAGAUCAGCACAUUGGUAGGCGACGUACUAGUCGCUGCGGCUUUCUUGGCCUACAGCGGUCUUUAUGACCAAACCUUCCGAAAGUCGAUGAUGGAAGAUUGGCUACACCAACUUCAUCUGUCUGGUGUCACCUUCAAACCCCACAACCCGAUGACCGAGUACUUGUCCACUGCUGAUGAGCGACUCUCUUGGCAAGAGAAUACCCUGCCGGUCGACGACCUUUGCACCGAGAAUGCCAUCAUCCUCAAGCGCUUCAACCGGUACCCGCUCAUCAUCGAUCCAUCUGGCAGAGUGACCGAGUUCCUGCAACGUGAAUGCAAGGAUCGCCGCCUCACUGUGACCAGUUUCCUGGAUGACUCCUUCACCAAGCAAUUGGAGAGUUCUCUCCGAUUCGGCAACCCGAUCCUCAUCCAGGAUGCUGAGCACCUGGACCCAAUCUUGAAUCACGUCCUCAACAAGGAAUAUCAGAAGACAGGAGGUCGUGUUCUCAUCCAACUUGGCAAGCAAGAAAUUGACUUCUCACCUGCAUUCAAGAUCUACUUGUCUACCCGAGAUCCGUCUGCUACAUUCCCGCCGGAUAUAUGUAGUCGAACCACCUUCGUCAACUUCACAGUCACCCAGAGCAGUCUGCAAACUCAGUCCCUUAACGAGGUUUUGAAGUCGGAGCGACCAGAUGUUGACGAAAGAAGAUCGAACCUUAUCAAAAUUCAAGGCGAAUUCAAAGUGCAUCUUCGACAGCUUGAGAAACGUCUCCUCCAAGCGCUCAACGAGUCUCGCGGCAAUAUCCUUGAUGAUGACAACGUCAUUGAAACACUCGAGACCCUCAAGACCGAAGCUAGGGAGAUCACGGCUAAGAUGAGCAACACGGAAGGCGUGAUGGCGGAAGUCGACGAGAUCACACUGCAGUACGACAUCAUUGCGCGAUCUUGCAGUGCUGUGUUUGCCGUCCUCGAGCAACUGCACUACCUUAACCACUUCUAUCAGUUCUCACUACAGUACUUCCUGGACAUCUUCCACUCUGUCCUCCAUGGUAAUAAGAAUCUGGCUAAUGAGACAAACCACAACAUUCGACGAGACGUUAUUAUCAAAGACCUGUUCGUCACCUCUUUUAAGAGAACUGCGCUAGGUCUCCUCCAGAAAGAUCGCAUCACACUUGCUAUGCUGCUUGCCCAAGCUUCUCCUUACAAGAUGGACAAGGGCCUGAUUGAUCUUGUUCUUGAUGAUCGCAUCGAGGGUCAGGAUCUGUCCACCGACAGAGGUGCGAAGGAAGAGGCUUUCACUAGAGCCAAGAGAUUCAGUGUCUUGAAAGACAAACUCGACCAGGUACCGUCUGAUGCCUGGGAGAAGUUCUUGUCGGAAGAGCUCGCGGAGAACUUCAUCCCUCAGAUUUGGGAGGCGGGCAGCGAACCGUUAGACCAGGGGCUCUUGUCUCUACUCCUCAUAAAGCUAUUCCGUCUCGAUCGCUUUGUGCCGACGGCUGAGCGUUUCGUGACAUCGGUAUUCGGCUCUGAGCUAUUCGAUAUCGUGGAGGACCUUCAGGGGACAGUCGAACAGGUCUCGUCGAUCAGGCCGAUCUCACUUGUAUCGAGUCCUGGCUUCGAUGCCAGUUACAAGGUUGACAACCUGGUGGAGAGGAUGCGUGUCAGGUGCACCAAUAUCGCCAUGGGAUCGAACGAGUCUCUGGCUAGUGCCGACAAAGCUAUUAGCAAUGCCGCACAAGUCGGAAACUGGGUCCUGGUCAAGAAUGUCCAUCUUGCGCCGACCUGGCUGCAGUCUCUCGAGAAGCGCAUGGAAUCCCUCAACCCUCAUUCGGACUUCAGACUAUUCUUGUCGAUGGAGUCCAGCCCGAAGAUUCCUGUUAACCUGCUUCGCGCAUCCCGCGUACUCAUGUACGAGCAGCCGGCCGGUGUACGAGCCAACAUGAAGGAUUCGAUGACGUCUCUUUCGACCCGGGCCACCAAGAGCCCUGUCGAGCGUACUCGAUUGUACCUGCUUCUCUCAUUCCUGCACGCUGUGGUCCAAGAGCGUCUGCGAUACGCGCCCAAUCUGGGCUGGAAGGGUUUCUGGGAGUUCAAUGAUAGCGAUUAUGAAUGCUCAGCCUUCAUUAUUGACACUUGGGUUGAAUCGGUCGCGCAGAACCGGUCAAACAUCGCGCCCCAGAACAUUCCUUGGGACAUUAUCCGCUACCUUGUCCGCGAGACGUACGGUGGCAAGAUUGAUGACGAAGGCGACUACAACCAGCUCACACAGCUGGUGAACCAAUUCCUGACGCCGUCGGCCUACGAAAUCGGACACAAGCUUGUCGAAGGUUCGGAGAAGGAUGGGCAGGAGACGAGCCUGGUGGUGCCGCCUGGAACUUCGCUGCAGGAGUUUAUGGGCUGGAUCCAGAAGCUGCCGGAGCGUGAGCCGCCGACCUACCUCGGUCUGCCUGCCAACGCGGAGAAGCUACUGCUGGUAGGCCUCGGCCGGAGCCUGGUGCAGAACCUGAAGAAGGUCACGGAGCUCUUGGAUGAGGGGGAACAACUCGUGACCGAGGUCUGA